AUGGCAAUCACAAUCUUACCUCCCGUUGUGGAGGACAUGGGUACCUACCAGCAAUCCGACUCCGACGAAUUCAUGUCCGACAAUUCAGACUCCGAUGUUGAGAUGAGCGGCGUCUCUCGACCAAACAAGCGUGCCCGCGUAGGGAAUAAUAAGCCAGGCAAAGGAAUUGUGACACCAGGUGAAGUUGUCACCGAUGAUCCGCAAUGGAUGAGAGGUCACGGCACCUUCACAAACCCUCUAUCGACAUCCAUCAUCGCCACCGUAGCCGGUAGCGUCCAAAAAACCAACAAAUUGCUCUCAGUCCACCCAAUCCGGGCCAGAUACACACCGGAAAUCGGUGACCUAGUGGUCGGCCGCAUUGUCGAGGUUCAAUCGAAACGCUGGAAGGUCGACGUCGCAGCCCCGCUUCUUGCACAACUCCCUCUCUCCGCAAUCAAUCUGCCCGGUGGUAUCCUACGACGACGAACAAGUGCCGACGAGCUUCAGAUCCGAACCUUCUUCUGCGAGGGCGACUUGGUUGUCGCCGAGGUGCAGAGCGUGCACCAGGAUGGCGCAGCAUCAUUGCACACACGGUCUUUGAAAUACGGAAAGCUGCGAAACGGUGUUUUCUUGGCUGUCACCGGGACUGGAGGCAGCGGCGCAAAUAGCUCAAGCGUGAAGGGUGGCGUGGGUUCUUUGGCGGCGCCGGGAGAUGCGACUGGAACGGGCGGUGUCGUACGAUCACGGCGACAGGUUUGGACGCUGGAAACACACAAUGGUGGUGGUGAAGUGGAUGUCUAUCUCGGCGUCAAUGGCUAUAUUUACAUCGCAAAGCAUGCAGAUGGAGCUGCGGCCACAUCUGCGGAGAACGUUGCGAUAAGCCGCAUGGAAGAAAUGGUGUCGAGCUCGAUCUACUCCAGUCAGAAUGAUGAGAUUGCUCCCCAAACUCGGCGCGAAAUCGCCCGUUUGGCACAGUGUAUCCAGGUGCUGGUGCAAGGCGGUGUGCGUGUGGAUGAAGAGACUGUGAGGACAGCCUACGAAGCUAGCCAACAAGUUGAUUUGGAGGUUGGUGAUGACGAUGAUGAUGAGCACAGUGAAGGCCGCGAAUAUCUUGAAGGCUCUAAAGCCCGGCGGAUUAUCGAGUUAGUUGUGCACGGAAAUUAG